AGGUCCCAGCAGGAAUGGCAGUGGAAGAAAUUAGCACCCAGAUGGUUCCUCUGCAUGAAGUUGUCUUGGGCUGUGGGCCGACUCAGGAACACCUGGUAACCAGGUCAGCCCUCUGUCAGUCACCCAGGCCAGGGCAGCAUGGUGUGCAUCCAGAGGAGGCGGCUUUUGGCAUCUUGCCUGUGCCUCACAGCUGCUGUCUUUCUGCUUAUCACACUCCAGGUAGUGGUUGAGCUGGGAAAAUUUGAAAGGAAGAAGUUUAAAAAUUCCAUUUUGCAAGAUGGACAUGCAAAAAUGGAGGAAGAGUCUACACAUCUCUAUCCAUUCCCUAAGAAAGAAGCAUUGACCCUGAAUAGGGGAACGAAAUUGGGAAGAGAUAGCUACCCCAUUAUGCUCUGGUGGUCCCCACUGACUGGGGAAACUGGAAGGCUCCGCCAGUGCGGGCCAGUUGCUUGUUUCUUCACCAUGAACCGGACCUACCUGCAUGAGCCCAUGACCAGGGCCCUCCUCUUCUAUGGUACUGACUUUAACAUAGAUAGCUUACCUCUGCCUCGGAAAGCCCAUCACGACUGGGCCCUUUUCCAUGAAGAGUCUCCGAAAAACAAUUAUAAGCUCUUUCACAAGCCAGUAAUCACCUUGUUCAACUACACUGCCACGUUCAGCCGGCAUUCUCACUUGCCACUAACUACCCAAUACUUGGAGGGCGCAGAAGUCCUGAAGUCACUUCAAUACCUAGUCCCUUUGCAGUCCAAAAACAACCUUCGAAAAAGACUUGCUCCCCUGGUGUAUGUACAGUCAGACUGUGACCCACCGUCAGAUAGGGACAGCUAUGUUCGAGAGCUGAUGACUCACAUCGAUGUCGAUUCCUAUGGUGAGUGUUUACGAAACAAAGAUCUCCCUCAGAAGCUGAAAAAUCCAGCCUCCAUGGAUGCCGAUGGCUUUUAUAGGAUCAUUGCACAGUAUAAGUUCAUCCUUGCUUUUGAGAAUGCAGUUUGUGAAGACUACAUCACUGAGAAGUUCUGGAGACCUCUCAGGCUAGGGGUCGUCCCUGUGUACUAUGGCUCCCCCAGCAUCACAGACUGGCUUCCAAGUAAUAGAAGUGCUAUUCUUGUAUCGGAAUUUUCUCACCCUAGAGAACUGGCACGUUACAUCAGACACCUGGAUCACGAUGACAGACAGUACAAGGCCUACAUAGAAUGGAAGCUGAAGGGUGAGAUCUCUAAUCAGCGACUUCUCACAGCUCUCAGGGAGCGGAAAUGGGGAGUGCAGGACGUCACCCAGGACAACUACAUCGAUGCCUUUGAGUGUAUGGUGUGCAACAAGGUGUGGGAUAAUAGUAGACGCCAGGAAAAGGGUUUACCACCCAAAAGCUGGAAGGCAGAAGCUUCCCACCUGAGUUGCCCGGAGCCUACAGCGUUUGCUUUCUCCCCUGUGGCUCCACGCAGGAGCUCUUUGCGAACCAUGUGGAUACCAAGCUUUGAACAAUCCAGGAAAGAAGCCCAGGCACUAAGGUGGCUGGUCGAUAGGAAUCAAAAUUUUUCAGCUCAAGAGUUUUGGGCCUUGGUAUUCAAGGACAAUUUCAAAGAGUGACAGGAUGUUGGAGACUAGAGCCAUCCCAAGGUUUAUUUUCUAGGUUGCCUUAAGGUAUGAAUAUAAUAGCUACUUUGUUGACUAUCCUGUAGGGUAAGAAUUCAUUGCUGCAGUACUCAUAAUGAGCCCUAUCAAAUAAUAGAUGUGAAUUACCCUUAGGGGUUUCCUGUACAUUUUUUAUACUAAAAUUUUAAGUAUUUCUUAGGGACACUGGUCACCUUCCGUUUACAUGUCUGGACCCACAUUCCUGCCGCCUUUUGAGGAAGUUCACCUAAUGUAGAGUGAGUGCCUUCCUCCCUGCAAGGGAGGCAGGUGUGCAGCUGUGGAUUCUUGAUACGCACCUCACUGUCAGCAGCUUAUUGGUAUUUGGCAGGCCCAGUGGGCUGAUGCUGAGCGUGAACACGAAACAUGUUAGAACUUGGCAACGAGAGAUUUCAAGGAAAUCUGUGGGUUUCCAGGGAUUAAGUGAGUAAUAAAAGCUGUGUAUAGUUUAUCCGCUAUUUAUUCCUCAAGUCAGAAGGUCAUGUGCUUGUUUGUUUCUGCCUUCUCCAUGCUCCCAGCUACCUCUCUAACUUCCUUUUUAUCAUCUUGCUUCGUGUCCUCCUCCAAAGCAGAGUGUCUUACGAUGUGCCUCCUGUCUGUGUGUUUUGAUCAGUGAGAUGUUCCCAGUUGUCCUUAUACUGCUGAGCAGAAUGAUAAUCAUGUAAUUCGGCUGGACAGCUCAUGCAUUUUGAUCAGUGUGAGAGUGGGUGAAUGCCCCCAGGCUCUCGAAUGUUGUUGAAGGUGAUUUGUCUCUUCUUAGGGUGAGGCACAGCCUGCUGUGGUGGGCAGCCCCCCAGGUUUGUGAGUGUUCCCUGUCAUUUCUGAUCCCGUCACAGAGAAGGUGCAGCUGCUUACCGGAGCAUCUGCUGGAACUUCAUGAAAUGCAAGGAGGACACAUUGGCUCACGUUAUCUUUCCGUGCGAGGGUCAGGAGGCUUCUGGAUGACACCAAAACCUGUUGCCCCUGCUGUGUCAUGGCUGUGGUAUUCUUUAUUGUGGAAAGAUGUGACCUCCAGAGGACAGGAGAGUCCCUGAUACUCAUGUCCCUGACGUGGUGUAAGGGGGAAACCUCGGAGAGCUUUUUUUUUUUUAUAAUCAAACCACAUCAUUUUACUGUGCAGUUUCCUUCGACCAGAAAAUUUACUAAAAAUAAAAAUAUAAAGUCUCUAGAAAGUACUUAGAACAGAUAUGUAAUCUCCUUCCUCCCCAAACUGGGCCAACCUUUGUUCUUUGAGUGUUGUUGGAUUACAUGCAGGUUUGUCUCCCUGUUAGCCACACACAUAACACAGAUACAUACAGUCCCCUUUUGUCAUAGGCCAGUGCCUUGAUGUGACUGCUGUGAGCAAUCUCUCUCCCUUCCACAGCUCUGUCUGGCUUGUGCCAGAGAAAUGGGGACUGAAACCAGUACCUAUCUUUUAGCAGCCUGAAGGGUCACAUUGCUGGGUGGGAGAAGGUGUCUAUGCCUGCCUUCUUCUCAAUCCCAGCUCUGCAGUUAACUAAAUAAUGAUUUUUGUCCAUGUCCCUUAACCUCUCUGGGCCUUACUUUUUGUUCCUGAAAAGAUGUGAUGAGCUGGUCUCUGAAAUUCUUUUCUGUGUAACAUUGUUGAGUUGUUUAUCAAAAUUUAAGAAGUUUAACUUUUUAGGUGUUUUUAUUAAGACAGUAACAAACCAUUUCAAAGCCACUGUGUUUUUCAGGGGAGGCACACUCUUCUCUGGAGGAAAAUGCCUACUUACUGGGUAGUUAAUGAGGAUAGAAAGCAGCAACCUCUCUGCACCUUAUCCGAUACUGUCAAAAGAGAGAGGAUGGAAAAGGAUGGUUUGUUGAGACCAGAUUUUAAAUUGUAUGUUCAAUGACAUUUGUAGCUAUUGUACUCAUAAAAGAAAGCCCAAGAUAUGAUUUGUGCCUCUGUGGAGAGAUAUUGUCAGAUAGCUUCAGUUCUCUUCCAUAAAUGCCUUAAAUAAGUACCCAGUACUUAUCUGCUGCAUGUAUGUCUUAAAACUCAACAUUUCAUGUAGUUUUGUCCUAUCUGGGUCCUUCAUCUAGAGUCCAUAGAUAAAAUUCUCCCUAAGCGUUUCUCAAGUAUGUAACCUUGAACAAAUUUAGUGAAGUAGAUCAUUGAUCAUGUAAUGUGGUAUAAAAAUUUUAUGGGGGCAGAGGGUAGAGGGAGGGAAUUUUCAUGUGCUUAAAAAUGAGGUAUAUUUCAAAGAGGAUAAAUCAGGGUUUCCUUGGGACUCUUUAGGUACCCAAGACUUAAGACUUUUUUUUUUGCUUAACAUAUGUGUCUUCUGCAAUAGAAUUUUCAUCAGUAAGAUGAUUUCCUCUUAUCUGUGAUGAUUGCUGUCUUGGAGUGAGGGGGUGUCCCUGCUCUAUGUAGCAUGAUUCUUCUCUGCAAAGUGGGGAGUAUGCUUUUUGAGUUCUGUAUACCAUCCCUCAGCAUUUAUCUGUGUUGAUCACAGAUUGUAUCUGUGUUGAUCCCAUCAUACCACACCUUUCUCUUUACCUCACUGUCUCCACUUUUGAAAUAUCAUUAAGAAAGUGUCCUACCUCACAGGGCUGUUGUGAGGAAUGACCCGUGGUUGUGAAGGGACUUUGUACAAGGCAGCAUUCUGUGAGUGCUUCGGCAUGUCUUACUUAGAUUGUUUGCAAAGACUCAUUUUCAACGUGGUGUGGCAAGUGGGUAGAGACCUUUGCAGAAAUGCUGAAGAAAAUGAAUACUAAUACUAGUCAAUAGUUUUCACUUUUUUACCUGGAAAUGGAGGCAACUUUGACCUUUGAUCUUGUAGCAAAUAUAGUAUUUUAGAACCUGAACACUGGCAUCUUUGUUGCUGUUAAGGACUAGGUUCUAGUAACUAGAAUAUCAGUUGAGGUUCUUAUCAUUACUAUAACAGAUUGAAUGCAUACAGCAGAAAUUAAAGACAUAAGUGAAAAAUGAGCAUGAUUCCUUUGGAGUCACACAAUGUACAUUAUAUGUAGGAGAACAAGCUUUGUGUCUAUGAGAUGCUGUGUGGACCUAAGCCCAGUACAGACCUGAGCUUGAAAUGCCCAUGAUUUUUUAAAUCAUGCAUCUAAAGAUCAGUAGCACAUAAUUCCUGCUGAAUGUUACAAUUCAUUAGGGGAAUGCACUGUAGAGUUGAUUUCUAGUGAAUGAUAAUAAUUAUCUAAAGCAACAUGAUACAGUUCUACAGAAGUGACGUGUCUUUCUUAGAAUCUUCAAAGUACACAGUAUAGAAGUUCACAGGCCAAGAAUAAUAAUGGUGGUUAGUUUAUGUUUCUAGUAACUUUGCAAUCCUGACUAUUUUAUAAAGAACUUCCUUACCCUUCUUUAGGAAAUUUCUUUCCUUUGUAUUUUUGUUGUCAUUAGUAGUACUAUCUUUACUGCAUAAUUCUAAUAUCAACAUAUAUCUUUAUUUUUUUCUGAUUACAGAAACAAAAUAUGCUUGCAAAAUUCAGAGCACAUACAGAAUUACAACUUUGUGAUUUCUAGAGCAAGAAAGACCUGGUUUUAGCCCCUGCUCCAGAUACCAUCGUUCUUACCUUGAUUGAGUUAUUUGGCCUUUUGAAGCUUCAGUUUGCCCAUCUGUGAAAGUAUAUUAUAAUUUCCACCCUCCCUGGACAUUAUUGUGAAGAUUAAAUAAGCUACUAUUCAUACUUAAUAAAUGCUAGCUUAGUUGUUACAGCUAUCUGUGGCCAUUCCCCUUUUGUUUGUGAAACCUUGAUUGAGAUUUGUCCAGGAAAAAGGAAUGACUAAUGACAGUAGCAGGGACAGUACCCUUUUGUUCUUCAUUUAGCUGUUUGAUAUGUAUUUACUGUUAUGAGGUAGGCAGUGUGCUAGGUGCUAGCAGAUAGGAAUUGGAUGUAGGGGAGAGAUGUGAAGGGUUCUGGGUUGGGCUUUGUGAUAUGAUGAUGAUAUUAACACCGGGGACUGAGGAGUGCUCAAACUGUGCUCUGCAUGUCUCUCCCCACCAUGGUGUUUCUGAUGGAGUUUUGCACAAAGCUCCCAACAGCAUAGUGGGAAUCAAACAACCUGUUUACAGUAGCUUUGCAAACCCAAAUAAACCCAGAACAGUGUUCUCUGAUAAAAGCUGGAUUUGAACACAUGGUUUAAACUUAAAGCCUAAGUAGGAUCGUUUACUGCCUUUCUAUUUCUCCAUUCUCAAUCUUGGGACCAGCUUGUCCAAUGGGCCUAUACCAAGAAAGAGGAGAGGAAGAUGGCCAGGUCAGUAGGUUCUGAACCUACUUACUUAUUAACUGAAAAUCAGAAAAGAAGAAAAGAGGAGGCACCUGACCAGGUCUUCUGCUAGGGGACAGCCCUGGAUUGCUCUGCGUAUGCAUGGAUGCAAAGAUACAGGGUGCAAGGUGUGGGGCCUCACUUUUAAGUUACAGCAAUUUCUCUAGCUGAUAAAACGUGGCCUGUCAGUAUCCUGGGCCUAACCCAUUAAGUUAGCACCCCCACUGGUGCUGAGGAUUAUUAAGGAGCUGGACAAGAGGCCGAGAUGGGGGGCAGGAGGGACGCUCCAUGGUUUUUGUCUUCUCAACCUCACUGGCCUCCCAGCCAAGCCUGUGGGCACUCAGAGGUGUGGCUGUACCCCUAAGGGUGUGGCCAGCCAUGACCACAGAGACCUCCUGUCCUCUUCUUGGGCUUCUCCCUGAGUGCUACCCUUGCUCCUUCGUCCACCUGGGACCAGUGAUGUGGGCGGUUCAGCUCUUAUCCCUGAAGCUUCUGAAACGAGUCAGAACUGGACAUUGAUUAAUGCGUCCAGGGCGUUUUGAGCAUUAAGCCAAAAGUACAUUCUCUAUUUUAUUUCCCACGCAAACCCUGACCACAUCAUCCAGCCUCGUUCACCAGAGGAGGUCAUACAACCAGCCCAUAGGCCAUUAUGAAUAUUUGUGAUUUUACUGUCAUGAACUCCUCAAUUUUUAAAAAACUGAUUUGAGUCGGUAAUUAGAGAAACUUAGAGGUCGUCAGUGUAGUAGGGGGUGGUGUUAAUGGUUUGGAGGCAGGGGCAUUGUCCCAGGAGCCUUUGGAAUGAGUCUCACAGAAGUUGCUUCUUACACAUACAGAGCGACCCAGACUACAGAGCCUCAUCUGAUGAGUUACACUCACAGGAAAAACAAAAGCCAGUUUUACUUAGCAGUGUUGAAGAAUGAUGAAGCAAUAAAAUGAUCAAUUUUAUUAAACCUC